CUCAGCAGUUCAAUAGACAGCAAAGCUUUGACAGUCGGCCGUCGCCACCGGCUUCCUUCAACCUUCCACAUCAUCAGCCAGAGACUCAGCCUCCAACAUGGACAUGGAUGAUUCCACUGUUAAGGGGAGUGUGUUGAUUCGACACGAACUCCACGAGGGGAAGCACUUCUACGAAGUGGAAGAAGUGGUGAAGUACAAAAACAAAACUGGAAAGAGAAUGUUCAUAAGAAGAGGAGACAAGCUGAUGGAGAUAAAUGGGGUUGACCUUCAGGACUUAGAACCUGAGGAGCUGGCCAACAUGAUCUCUGAAGGAAAUCCAUUGUUGUCAGUGCAGAAGAGAGAAAAAGAGUCUGAACAGGAGGAGCAGCUGCCCCUAGAUGAGGACACCUUGCAGCCCUAUGACAAGGAGUCCACUGUCCUGAGUUUUUCCUGGGAGUUGAAGAGGGAGGAAGACACAGAAGAAGGAGAGAAAAACGAGCCAACAGAUAUAGAGGGGAAUGUGUGCGAAGAUAUGUGCAAGGAGAAUGGGGAGAGCAGAGACCUCCUUGUAAUUCACAUGACGAACACCAGCAUCGCUGUGGUGGGAUCCAGGGGCUGUGAAGAAUUUGAGGGGACAGGAUGCACCGUCGACGACAUCGUGUUGGUGGCAGAUUCCAGCGUAGUGACAUGUGUUUCCAGAGGAGAUGUAAAUUUCAGGCAGGAAAAGCUGGCAGAUGUUUUGAUAAAACAUGUGCCCACUCAUCGCUACCUCAGAACUAUCUGCUCGGAAAAAACCGUCUACUCUUCACCAAAUCCAGAAAAGAUUACCAUCUACUAUUACAAGUCGAAUGCCAUGGAUAAGACGUUCAGAGGAAUUGCAGUGGUCCUAAAUCUCACUGGUUCCAAUUGCUUUCUCAAGUGCUGCAAAGAAGGAGACAGGGUGCUCCUACAGGUAGAGACGUGUGAAAAGCAGAGACUGAGGCAGAUCUCCAAGAAUGACGACUGCACCUUCUCCUUUGUCUUCUACAUGUUGGCUGACCGCACAAAACAGCGAAAGUUUGAAUCUGCACUCCACAGAGGUUGGUUCAUCCAUAUAGCCAACACUGAUUUGGUGGAAAUGGCCGAGACAGAUGGAGAAAUGGGAGACUCGUCAUUCCUCUUUAUCAUUCAGAAGUGAGACGGGGGUUGAUCUCUACACGCUUAUACUUACUCACUUUUUGGCCGCCACAUUGUAAAUAAGUUGAGUCCUGACAGAAGCUGUUUUUGUUUAGCCCAUCUAGUUAUGUGACAAAUACUAAGGUCUCUGUGUGAAGCUCUGACUUUGGUGGACACGUGUCAUACAGUUGUUUUACUAUCGCUAAGCUUAAGAUUUUUUGCUGUUUUCGAUGAUUAAUAUUUCAAAUUGUUCUGAAAAAAAGUGACUUUCAAACAACAUUGUUUAUGAUAAAUGAGUGGUUUUCCCCUUUGAUCAUAUGCCAGUCCAUCCUUGUGUGAUGCUUUAUUUGAGAUAAUUUCAUGUCAUCUUAAAUGCCCUUAUGAAAUCCAAUGUUAUGCUUCUUUAAGACCUGUUUUUUUAUUAUGUCACGACUCUAGCAUCUUUCCCAGCUGAGACAUAAAAACUGAGCUUAUAAAUAAUAUUUUUCAGAAUGGCCUUUUCAUAGAAGUAUGUUAAUUUACACACACACACACACACACACACACAAAACUGCACACUUGGUCAGAGAAGGAUUUAUUUAGUCUGACCAAUCAGAGCAGAGUUGACAACCAUUGUUGCAUUUUUGAUAAAUUGCAGCAUUUGUUGCACUUUCCCCCAUUUCAAUUCAUUUUAGCAGCAAAAAAUAUUGGAUAAAACGUUGUUUUACUAGUAUAGCUAACAAAUGUAUUUAAAUUAAAUCCAAUUUCUUGCACUCCAAAAUAAAAAAAAAUAAAAAAACUGAAAUGACAUGCUGAAACAAAUUGUGAAUAUUCUGCAUCUACCAGUAAUUUAGAUCAAGAAUGAAGGCAGAAUGUUACACUCUUUAAAUUAGAAAAAUUACAUGAAAAGAAGACGUGUUGAAAUCAAAGUUGGCAAUAGAAGUGAAUGAGGUGAAUUUUGAAUGGAAACUGGCAGAAAAACAAAAACCUCUAAAUUACAUUUUCCUAACAAACUCCUAUCAUGUUUACAGCUUCACAGUAUUUUAGAACAAUAUUUACUCCUUCAUUAUGUUAAUAUAUAUAAAUGUCACUGGACCAGAAAUUGCUUUAAAAACUAAAAAAAAAUUAAGAAUACAUCAUGCAACAUCAUUACUGAAUAAUUGUCAUUAUUGAAAGUCAAUAAAUAUUAAAGUCUUUGGA